UUAGGACAUCCGGUUUUAGGUCCGCCUGGGCCAGAAGUGAGAUCGCAGGCGACGGGUUCGCGGUUGCUGGCCAGACCUCUGCAGAGCCCUCCGAGCCCCCACCCUCCGCGCACCGCCGCGAUGCGCUCCCACCGCUUAAGGCUGUUGCCUGGCGUGGCGCUGCUUCUCGCCACGGCCCGCCUCGCCGCUGCUUCCGACGUGAUAGAGCUCACGGACGACAACUUCGAGAGUCGCGUCUCCGACACCGGCACCGCGGGCCUCAUGCUAGUCGAGUUCUUCGCACCUUGGUGCGGACACUGCAAGAGGCUUGCCCCUGAGUAUGAAGCUGCAGCUACCAGAUUAAAAGGAAUAGUCCCAUUAGCAAAGGUUGAUUGCACAGCCAACACGAACACCUGUAACAAGUAUGGAGUCACGGGCUAUCCAACCUUGAAGAUAUUUAGAGAUGGUGAAGAAUCGGGGGCUUAUGAUGGACCUAGGACUGCUGAUGGAAUUGUCAGCCACCUGAAGAAGCAAGCAGGACCAGCCUCAGUCCCCCUCAGAACUGAGGAAGAGUUUAAGAAGUUCAUCAAUGAUAAAGAUGGCGCUGUGGUAGGUUUUUUCAGGGAUUUGUUCAGUGAAGCACACUCCGAGUUCCUCAAAGCAGCCAGCAACUUGCGGGAUAACUACCGGUUUGCGCACACAAACGUGGAGUCCCUGGUGAAGGAGUACGAUGACAACGGAGAGGGUAUCACCUUAUUUCGUCCUUUACAUCUUGCUAACAAGUUUGAGGACAAAACUGUGGCAUAUACAGAACAGAAAAUGACAAGUGGCAAAAUUAAAAAGUUCAUCCAGGAAAACAUUUUUGGUAUGUGCCCUCAUAUGACAGAAGACAAUAAAGAUUUGAUACAGGGCAAAGACUUACUUAUAGCUUACUACGAUGUGGACUAUGAAAAAAAUGCUAAAGGCUCUAAUUACUGGAGAAACAGAGUGAUGAUGGUGGCAAAGAAAUUCUUAGAUGCUGGACACAAACUCAACUUCGCUGUGGCUAGCCGCAAAACCUUCAGCCACGAACUGUCUGAUUUUGGCUUGGAGAGCACUGCUGGAGAGAUUCCUGUUGUAGCUAUCAGAACUGCUAAAGGGGAAAAAUUUGUCAUGCAGGAGGAGUUCUCGCGUGAUGGCAAGGCUCUGGAGAGGUUCCUGCAGGAUUACUUUGAUGGUAACCUCAAGAGAUACCUGAAGUCAGAGCCAAUCCCUGAGAGCAACGAUGGGCCUGUGAAGGUAGUAGUAGCAGAGAGUUUUGAUGAAAUAGUGAAUAAUGAAAAUAAGGAUGUGCUGAUUGAAUUUUAUGCUCCAUGGUGUGGUCACUGUAAGAAUCUGGAACCCAAAUAUAAAGAACUGGGAGAGAAGCUCAGCAAAGACCCGAAUAUUGUCAUAGCCAAGAUGGAUGCCACAGCCAAUGAUGUGCCUUCUCCAUAUGAAGUCAGAGGCUUUCCUACCAUCUAUUUCUCUCCCGCCAAUAAGAAGCAAAGUCCAAAGAAAUAUGAAGGUGGCCGUGAAUUAAAUGAUUUUAUUAGCUACCUACAACGAGAAGCUACAAAUCCCCCCAUAAUUCAAGAAGAAAAACCCAAGAAGAAGAAGAAAGCACAGGAAGAUCUCUAAAGCAACAGCCAAACAUACCACUUUGUAAAAGGACUCUUCUACCAGAGAUGGAAAACCAAUGGGGAAGACUGGGCCCCAUGCGGGAUUAUUACCUCUCAGCCAAGAGGACAGAAUGGAUAUAAUCUGAAUCCUGUUAAAUUUUCUCAAAACUGUUUCUUAGCUGCACUGUUACCAGGACCAGUUUAUGUUUGUGGUUUUGGGAAAAUUAUUUGUGUUGUGGGGGUGGGGGGAAUUGAAUUGGGGGGUUAUUUUCUAAUUUUUUUUUUUGUACAUUUGGAACAGUGACAAUAAAUGAGCCCCCUUUAAACUGUC